AUGAAACCAACAGAACCAGUUGCGAUUAUUGGCACAGGAUGCCGUUUUCCUGGCAGCGCCUCUUCGCCUGCUAAAUUGUGGGAACUUCUCCGUAAUCCCAGGGAUCUGGCUCGCAAAAUCCCAUCCGACCGAUUCAACAUUGACGCAUUCUAUCACCCUGAUGGGGAAUAUCAUGGCCGGACCAAUGUCCAGCAAUCCUACUUCCUCGACGAGGAUGUCCGGGCUUUCGAUGCCGCCUUCUUCAACAUCUCCCCGGCCGAAGCGGCCGCAAUGGAUCCACAACAGCGACUGCUUCUAGAGACCGUGUACGAAUCGCUGGAUGCCGCCGGACUUCGGAUGGAUGCGCUGCAUGGUUCCAUGACCGGCGUUUUCUGUGGCACGCUUCGCAACGACUACAGCCAACUCCAGGCCAUGGAUCCUCAAGCAUUCCCUGCGUAUGUGGUUACGGGAAAUUCACUGUCGAUUAUGGCCAAUCGAGUGUCCUACUACUUUGACUGGCGUGGGCCAUCCAUGGCUGUGGAUACAGGGUGUUCUUCAAGCCUGUUGGCCGUCCACCUGGCAGUCGAAGCCCUGGCCCAGGACGACUGUUCGAUGGCAGUGGCAGUGGGAAGCAACCUGAUCUUAUCCCCAGGCCCCUACAUAGCGGACUCAAAAACACACAUGUUGUCCCCAACCGGUAGGAGUCGCAUGUGGGACAAAAGUGCCGACGGCUAUGCUCGUGGUGAAGGGAUUGCGUCGGUUGUCCUGAAACGGCUGCGUGAUGCGAUAAACGAUGGAGAUCCCAUUGAAUGCGUGAUCAGGGCGACUGGAGCUAACUCGGAUGGACGAACAAUGGGAAUCACGAUGCCCAGUGCUCACGCCCAACAGAUGCUGAUCCGCGCGACAUACGCUCGGGCUGGACUCUCGCCUCAGGAACGCCCCGAGGAUCGAUGCCAGUACUUCGAAGCCCAUGGAACAGGGACCCAGGCUGGGGAUCCCCAGGAGGCAACUGCAAUCCACGGAAGCUUCUUUGGGUUAGAUUCCGUCGCCGAUAUAGCUGGUCCUCUGUACGUGGGCUCAAUAAAGACAAUAAUCGGGCACACGGAGGCGACUGCAGGACUCGCGGGUCUCAUUAAGGCAUCCCUAUCGCUGCAGCACGGACUUAUCGUUCCAAAUCUCCUCAUGAACGAACUCAAUCCAAAGAUAGUCCCGUUCGCUGGCCAGUUAUCUGUCCCUACGGAGUGUAUCCCGUGGCCAGCUUUACCAGCUGGUUGUCCCAGACGAGCCUCGGUGAACUCUUUUGGCUUUGGCGGCGCCAAUGUGCAUGUUAUCCUGGAGAGUUACAACCAUGGGGAUGCGUUGCUGUCACGAAAUAGAGGAUUCGCCGUACCUCUGGUCUUCUCAGCCGCCUCGGAGCGAACACUUACGGCGGUGUUGGGCAGCUAUGUCCAAUUCCUCCAGGAUCAUGCAGAGAUAAAUCUAGUUGAUCUUGCAUUAUCAUUAUGGACCAAGCGUUCUGCUCAUAAUCAUCGAUUAACGCUGAUGGCGCAAUCGGUGGCCGAACUACAGGACCUUCUUGCGACUCAGCUCCAUCGAAGGACAGCUGGUACACCAUCUUCGCUGAUAUCCAGACCUGGCUCCCGGCGCAAGCGCGUUCUCGGUAUUUUCACGGGGCAAGGUGUUCAAUGGCCGCAAAUGGGCUUUGAUCUUAUUGAUAGCAGUCCGGAGAUUCGCCGUUGGAUGGACGAGCUACAGGGAGCCCUUGAUCAACUCCCCUCUACUUAUGCGCCGGGUUUCUCCCUGGUCGAACAUUUAUCACGACCGCCCUGUUCUUCUCGGGUGCACGAAGGUCUGAUGUCGCUUCCACUGCGUACUGCGGUCCAGAUAAUCCAAGCCAAUCUCCUCCGGAGGGUAGGAAUCGACAUUAGCGUGGCAGUCGGCCACUCGUCCGGGGAAAUUGUAGCUGCGUAUGCUGCGGGUAUGCUCACGGCCCCCGAUGCCAUCCGUAUCGCGUACCUUCGGGGAAAGGCUAUCAGCGAGGCACGGGAUGCUACCGGCCGGAUGAUGGCUGUUAGCCUCACCUGGGAACAAGCGCAGGCCAUAUGCGCCGCCGAGCCGUAUUCUGGACGGAUUGCCGUUGCUGCCGCCAAUUCUCCGUCCAGCGUCACGCUUUCUGGGGAAGCUGAAUGCCUGCGAGAACUGGAGUGGCUAUUGAAGAGCUUAGGACUCACUCCGCGAAUGCUGCGGGUGGAUACUGCGUAUCAUUCUCCCCAUAUGAAACCAUGCGCGGACCCCUAUCGUCAAGCGAUGCAUGCCUAUCCUGCUACCACUUUGAAAGGCAGAACACCGUGGUUCUCCAGUGUGUACCCCGGCAUAAAUAUGAUGGUCUAUGACCAGCAUGAUCUGACGAAUGAAUACUGGGUGCAAAACAUGCUGCUUCCUGUGCAGUUCUACCAGGCCGUGGAGACCGCUUUGCAAGAAACUGGACCACCGGACCUCAUCGUCGAGAUAGGACCACACCCCACCCUUAAAGGCCCUGUGCUACAGACCCUCUCCCAUGUAUUUCCAGCUCAGUCAACAGUCCCUUAUCUGGCUCUCGCGGAGAGGGGGAAAGGCGGUUUUGACAGCUGGGCCGCUGCCCUGGGGACAGCUUGGAUGCACCUGGGGCCCACAACGGUUCAUCUCGCAGACUAUCUCUCUGUAUUCGAGCCCGAACAAUCCACCUCCUUGACAAAACUACUCCCUCUCUAUCCAUUUGACCAUUCUCAGACAUAUUGGGCCCAGUCUCGUUUGUCCAGGGACUAUGUGAACUGCCCGAUACCUCCAAACGCCCUACUCGGCACCCUUAGCGCCGAGACCGGGCUAGGGGAGAGUCGAUGGAGAAAUUAUUUCAGGCUGCAGGAGCUUCCAUGGUUGGCAGAGCGUCGCAUCAAGUCAGAAGUAAUGUUCCCAGAAAUGGGCUAUGUCUCAAUGGCAUUAGAGGCAGGGUUGUCGGUAGCGAAAACAGAUGGAGUACGCUUGCUUGAAGUCACGGACAUGGCGAUUCACACUUCACUGCCGGUUGUGGAUGAUCCUAUCGGAACAGAAGUGCUUACCAUAGUUACCGGAAUAGCCUCGAGAGAUGGGAUAAUUGAAGCUCGGUGCAGCGUCCAGAGUGUUGUAGCGGGAGAGCUCGUCGAGUGUGCAACCGCAAACAUAUGCAUGCACUCAGGUGCCACCAAGCAAUCCCUCCUUCCACCCCGAGGUGCGCUCGACCCGGCAAUGAGGCCUGUAGAAACGACCGGGUUCUAUGAUAUUCUGCGCCGGCGUGACUAUCACUGUACUGGAUCAUUUGCUGGGUUGACCAAGUUGCUUCGACACUACGACCUUGCUCUGGGAACAGUCAGCACGCCACCAAGGGACCCAAACGGGCACAUCAACCUCCAUCCAACGGUCUUAGAGACUUCUGUCCAGACGUUGAUUGCCGCACUGGGUGAAUUUGAUGAUGACAUGAUGUCGUGCCCUCUCCUUGUGCGCAGCAUCCAUAGUGUCUGGGUCAAUCCUGUGUUAUGUCUUCCUCGCGGCGAGGAACAGCAGAUCGAAUUGGUGGGCUUCAUAACACAGGUUGAUGAAGAGGGGAUCCACGGUGACAUUGAUAUCUUCACGCCAGAUGGAGAAAAGAUUGCCCAAUUGGAAGGCGUUCGUCUCAUGCGUGCCGUAUCAGAAGAUGUCGACCGAAACCUAGGAAUCUUCUCAACUACAGAAUGGGGCCCUCUAGAGCCUACUCUGGAGGUGUUAAUUGACCCACUCCCGCCAAAUAUAUCCCCUUCAAAUCCCUUCCGGGAGAGGCUUCCAGUACUACAUCUCCAACGCAGUGAACUGGUUGCCAUGGUUCCAGAGCAGCAGCAUCGGGACUAUCUUCUGAUCAAUCUAGUUGGGUGGAUGAACAAUUCCACUCUUAGGGCCCGCAAAGGAUACCAAGCCAUGUCCUCUCGUGACUGGCUUGAUAUGAAUGGAGAGCGUUUGACUGCCCGUAUUCGCACACAUAUCGAAGAAUAUGUCGGUCUGAGCGACAAUGAUGCUGUAUGCGAUGCUGCAGAGACAGGAGAGUUGCCGCGGACAGACCAUGGCGACUGUCACCUGAAAAACGAUCCCCUUUUCUGUCACUUGGUAGGCAGUAUUCUCUCACUCGCUGGGCACGCGUGCUUCCGCUUCCCACACAUGGACAUUCUGCAAAUUGGUACACUUGGAAUAUCAACCCACUGUAUGUUGAAGAAGAUGGGUUUGAGCUACCGCUCAUUCACCUAUGGCGCUCCGUCUACCGUACGAGAUGACACAGGCCUUGAAAAUCAGGCGGAGGCCGCACCUGACGUCCAGGAUAAACGCCUAGACUUUGAUCAGAAUCUCGCCGGGCAGGGCUUCUUGGACCACUCUUACGAAAUACUGCUUUAUACUGCAGUCGACCUUCCGGAAAAAAAUAUCGUUGUCCAUCUCAAACGGCUACUAAAACCAGGAGGGUAUCUGUUGGUCUUGGUACGGGUAAGCCCGCGCCAUGCACUGGAUUCUGAAGCGCCUCCGCCUUGCGAAGGAAUUGACCAUGGCCAAUGCCAUUGCCAUACCAUUGACAACUUUGCGGACUGGUAUGAUGUGCUGUCGGCUUGCGGAUUUGGUGACGUGGAGGGUCUUGAAGUUGGGCAGGGAGAGAAUAAUAUCCCACUGGGGUUUGCACUCAUUCUCUGUCGAGGACCGGACACGCAAAAGACGACAUCACCACGCUAUGGCGAGCUGAUGCUACUUGGGGGUAGCGAUGAGGGGCAACAGUCCCUAUUGUCAGAGCUAACUGCAUUAGUUGACGGCCAGUUUGGGCGAGUAUCCCGAGUACAGGGCCUGAAGUCAAUUGAAUCCAGCGACAAUACCGAUCUCACGGUUGUAGGCCUUCUGGAUGAUUGGAGCUUCUCCAGUAUUGAUGUGCAAGAUCUGCAGCGGCUGGUGCAGACCAGUACGCGGGUUUUAUGCGUCACGCUGGAGCGGGACAACCAGCAUGAUGCUGGGUUGAUUCGGGGUCUUCUUCGUAGUCUCACAGCUUUGAAGAACUCGUCUUGCCUGGUUCAGCUGCUCACCAUCACGGAAGAAGCAUCACUGUCAGCGAGUGUGCUAGCGGCUGCUCUGGAACGCUUCAUUAAAGACACCCAUGUCCGGCAAAUCUCUGGUUCCUCGGGGCUGAACUGCGUGGAGCCUGAAAUUCAAUACGAUGGCUCCCGGUUGUACAUUCCGCGCCAAAUCCAGGAUCACUGGCAAAACAAGGCCCAUCUGGCCAGUCGGCAACGAGUCACGGAGUUGGUUCAUCUGGGUCAAGCUGUUAUAAAGGUCGUACCAGGAGCCACAAACAUGCCAAAUCCUCAGUUUCGCGUCCUGUCGACGGGUCAGCCUCCAGUGAUUGCGGGCUAUGGACCAACUGUGCAAGUCAGCGUCCGAUAUUCCACUCUCAGUGCAGUGAGAGUUGCCGACGGGAUAUUCCUAUAUCUUGCUAUAGGGCAAGAGGACCCCAGUGAUCAGAGGAUCAUGGCUUUAUCCCCCCACAAUGCGUCCCAGCUCAAUGUACCCAAGUCGUGGGUCUGGCCCGUGGCACCCACAGUGGCUGAGGCUGAAGAGCCAUCUCUACUGCACACCACGGCGGCUGUGCUGAGUGCAGGAUAUCUGAUUGACCAAGUCCAUUCAACUGAGACACUUCUGGUGCACGAUCCUGAUCCAUUUACCAGGGACAUUCUCACAACGCUAGCGGUCCGACGCAAUAUCAACGUCGUCUUCAGUACCAGUGAGAAUACAUCCGCCAGCGACAAGUCUACCCUGUUCCUCCACAGGCGUAGCACUGCGCGCCAAUUGGCUCAAGUCCUGCCCCCUGGUAUAGCUGCUGUUGCGGCCCUAAACCGGCACCAGGACCCGAUCGUCGAGCGCAUGAUAUCCCUGCUCCCUGCUGGUACGAAGCAGACUCGUCUGGAUGAUUUGUAUCCUGUCUCUCCGUCUAUAGUCCCUGUCAGCGGCGAGAAUAUCCAGCGCGUGGCCAUGGGGCUUAUGACAGCAUCAUUGCUCGCGCAGAAUUGCCUAGAAAAGAGCUCGUCAUCGUCCAUGAGUUCGGUCCCUAUAAAUCACCUAGCAGAAGAGAAAGUCGCGGAACUAGAGCAUGGUAUACUCGACUGGGCCUGCGCCACUCCACUUCGCGCUCAGAUAUCCUCCGCCAGCUCAAUGCUACAGCUUUCGGGUACGAAAACCUACCUUGUUCUUGGAAUCACUGGCGACAUGGCGCAAGUUGUGUGUCACUCGCUGGUACAGCAUGGCGCAAAAUGGAUCUUUUGGGCCAGUGCAGACAAACCAGAGUCCACUCCAACGUGGUUUGAAGAGAUUUGCCGGCGAGGGGUGCGGAUUGCCCACUCCACGAUACGUCUAACGGAAUAUACCGCCCUCCAAAAUCUUGAUCAUACAAUCCCUCGAUUCUUUCCUCGAACAGUCGGGGGUGUCCUGAUCAAACCAGAACUACCGGUUGAUUGCGUCUUUUCCCAACUCACGAAUAGGCUCCUGCAAGAGCAUCUCUCUCCAUGUGUCCGGACGAUCGAGAUGCUGGAUACGCUUCACGAAACGCCAGACAUAGACUUCUGGGUGCUCACUGGAUCCAUUCCAGGAACACUAUGCGACCCAAACCAAUCAAUGACGGUGGCAAUGGCUGAUAUCAUGGCCACGCUAGUCCGCCAGCGUCGGUCGCGAGGUAGACCCGCCAGCCUCGUCCAUCUAGGGGAGGUCAUGACUGUCGGGAAACUAUCAAAGGAAGUAGACGGGUGGUGGGGCUCAACAGUUGUUUCCCGUCGCGAUGUUGACGAGAUACUCGCUCAAGCUAUCCUACAUGGGCGAGCAGAUUCCACCCAGAAUCCCGAAUUUGUCGCGGGUCUCAGGUAUCAGAGAUCGGCGAAGCAAUACCCAAGUUGUUCUCUGCCCAGGAUGUGGCCGCUUUUCUCAUCCACUGCUGCACCUACUGGGAAUACAUCGUCGGGGGAGCAUAAACUCCAAUCCAGCAAGGAACGCGUCGCUGCAGCAACUAGCCCCGAGGACAAGGCACAGGCGAUUGCAAUCGGACUAGUGGAAAAGAUCCGGACCAAGCUGAAUCUCUCGCAAGAUGCACCGCUUACGCCCGACACGCUGCUGCCGGAACUUGGGGUUGAUUCGCUGGUGGCUGUUGAACUGCGUCGAUGGUUCUCCAAAGAGGUCGGCGUCGACAUACCAGUCAUAUCUCUUCUCAGUGGUGCAUCUAUAGGGCAGUUGGCAGCUUUGGCAGCUUCGAAGCGAUGCAAGGAUAGUAGCUCGUGA